AGACAUUGAAAGGAUCCAAUCUAACAAGAGUUGGAAUUCUGAGGAAAAAAGAAACAAAGACAGAAGUCCCAAUUCCUCACACCUAACCGAGCAAAUGAUGACAGAUACUGGAAAAAGGCCACACGAGUGUUCUCAGUGUGGAAAGGUCUUUAGUCACAUGUCUACUCUCCAGACACACCAGAGGACCCAUACUGGGGAAAAGCCGUAUCAGUGUUCUCAGUGUUGAAAGGCUUUUAGUACAAUAGGUCAUCUCAAGACACACCAGAGGACCCAUACUGGGGAAAAGCCGUAUCAGUGUUCUCAGUGCGGGAAGGCCUUUAGUCACAUGUCUGCUCUCAAGACACACCAGAGGAUCCAUACUGGGGAAAAGCCGUAUCAGUGUUCUCAGUGUGAAAAGGCCUUUAGCGAAAUAGGUAAUCUCAAGACACACCAGAGGAUCCAUACUGGGGAAAAGCCAUAUCAGUGUUCUCAGUGUGAAAAGGCCUUUAGCCAAAUAGGUCAUCUCAAUACACACCAGAGGAUCCAUACUGGGGAAAAGCCGUAUCAGUGUUCUCAGUGUGGAAAGGCCUUUAGCCAAAUAGGUCCUCUCAAGAAACACCAGAGGAUCCAUACUGGGGAAAAGCCAUAUCAGUGUUCUCAGUGUGGAAAGGCCUUUAGCCAAAUAGGUCAUCUCAAGAGACACCAGAGGAUCCACGGUUCUGAUGGCAUACACACAGGAGAAAAGGCCUACGAGGGUUUUCAGUGUGGAAUGGCUUUUAAUCAAAAUCCCCAUCGCUCACACCUAACCGAGCAUAUGAUGACACAUACUGGAAAAAAGCCACAUGAGUGUUCUCAAUGUGGAAACUCCUUUAAGGACACUUCUAGCCUCAAGCUACACCAGAGGAUCCAUACUGGGGAAAAGCCAUAUCAGUGUUCUCAGUGUGGAAAGGCCUUUAGCCAAAUAGGUCCUCUCAAGGCACACCAGAGGAUCCAUACUGGGGAAAAGCCAUAUCAGUGUUCUCAGUGUGGAAAAGCCUUUAGCCAAAAAGGUCAUCUCAAGACACACCUGAGGAUCCAUACUGGGGAAAAUCCACAUGAGUGUUCUCAAUGUGGAAACUCCUUUAAGGACACUUCUAGCCUCAAGUUACACCAGAGGAUCCAUACUGGUGAAAAGCCAUAUCAUUGCACUACUUGUGGGAAGAGUUUCAGGAGGAAAUCAUAUCUAACCUCCCAUCAGAUCACACACUCUGGAGAAAAGCCACAUCACUGUUCAGAGUGUGGGAAGGUCUUUAGCCACAUGUCUACUCUCAAGGUACACCAGAGGAUCCAUACUGGUGAAAAGCCGUAUCAGUGUUCUCAGUGUGUGAAGGCCUUUAUUACAAUUGAUCAUCUCAAGAGACACCAGAGGACCCAUACUGGGGAAAAGCCGUAUCAGUGUUCUCAGUGUGGAAAGGCCUUUAGCCAAAUAGGUCCUCUCAAGAGACACCAGAGGACCCAUACUGGGGAAAAGCCGUAUCAGUGUUCUCAGUGUGGGAAGGUCUUUAGUCACAUGUCUGCUCUCAAGACACACCAGAGGACCCAUACUGGAGGAAAGCCGUAUCAGUGUUCUCAGUGUGAAAAGGCCUUUAGUACAAUAGGUCCUCUCAAGACACACCAGAGCAUCCAUACUGGGGAAAAGCCGUACCAGUGUUCUCAGUGCGGGAAGGCCUUUAGUAGAAAUGAUUAUCUCAAGACACACCAGAGGAUCCAUACUGGGGAAAAGCCGUAUCAGUGUUCUCAGUGUGAAAAGGCCUUUCGCCAAAUAGGUCCUCUCAAGGCACACCAGAGGAUCCAUACUGGUGAAAAGCCGAAUCAGUGUUCUCAGUGUGGAAAGGACUUUCGCCAAAUAGGUCAUCUCAAGAGGCACCAGAGGAUCCACGGUUCUGAUGUGCUGACCUGAUAAAACCAGAUAAAGUUUUAACUUUCUUUAAAAUGUCUUUGGUUUAAUUCAUUUUAAACAAAAUGUCAUGAACAUGAUUACGGCUAAUUUCUUCAUGUCUGAUGCAUGUGUUGGGAUAGAGAUUGAAACCUAAAUUUUUCAAGUGUGUGAUGGUGGUGAGGAGGGGUGUGUGUGCUUGUAUACAAACUACAAUCUACAAGCAUCUACUAGUGCAUGUACAAGCAAAAGUAGUGUAUGCAUCAGCUGUCUAGAUAUGAGGCCAUAAACAGAUCAUCAUGUGAAGGCUGUGAGCUUGGCAACAGCUGAAAUAUGUGUUGAGUCUCGGGGCGGGGUGGGGGUGCACAGAAAGGAUGGUAGGGAACAAAGCAUUGUCAUUGUCAAAAGGGUACACAGACAAACAUGGCUACCUCGAGAAAACAGACUCUGCACUCACUGUAGUAAUCGGGUAGUGGAGGAUGAGUUUCUUUUCCCGACAGAAUGUAAUAAGUACAACAACAUCGGGGGAACCUACUUCUCAAGAACAGAAGAUAUUUGCUCUGGAUGUACAAAAAUAAAAAGAGAAGAUAAAAUCACUCCUAGGGGAAAUAGGUGAAUACAUAGAUCUAAUCUCCUAGUGUCUACUCUCCUGCCACAUAUUGAGAGAUAAUACCACAUAACUGUAAAUAAUGAAUAAAACAUUAACAUUUAUUGUUUUUUUUUUUUUCUUUUUCAUUUGGUACAUUACAUACAUUUUUUACUGAAAGGUUUAUUUUAUAAUAUUUUUCCCUUGACGAUUUUUUACUUCAUUUGUUUGUCCAUUAUCAUUAUUAUUAUUAUUAUUAGAAACACUAUUAUACACACUAAAAAAAAACUUCUUUACAUGAAUAAGACUGAUAGAUCAGAAUUGAAUUGAUUGAGUUUUAGGUUAAUCAGAGCAUACACACAGGUGAAAAGGCCUACGAGGGUUUUAAGUGUGGAACAGCUUUUAAUCAUUACAUUUGCAUUUAGUCAUUUGGCAGACGCUUUUGUCCAAACAAGGGAGAGAACAGUCAA